AUAUGAACGAAUAUUACAAAUACAACAUUUAAUAAAAUAAAUAAUUAAAAACUGAAAAUUCAUACCCGCGCUGGCGCGCAGAUCAGGGUCUAGUAUAUAUUGUUCCAUACAUAUUUAUACGACCAACAAGUCAUUAAAAUGUUUCAUAAGGUCAUCCUCGUACUUCAAAUAAUUAAGACAACAAAUUUAAGAGAAAAUUAAAUUUCUAGGAAUAUAAUUCUUAAUGAACUGUUGUAAACAAAAAAAUAAUUCUUAAUGAACUGGCCAACUAUAUUAGACCGAAGACGCAUUCUUUUCUAACUAUUUUUUUUUCUACUAUUUAACAAUAUAAAUUUCACAAGUGAUAGCUUCGGAAAGUAAAGAACGUUUCACAAGUUUCCCUGCCACCUACUAUAUAACUUGGUUAUAAUCCUCACUUUUAAGAAGCACCAAAACUUAAAAACUCUAAACGUUCAAAACAAAAAAGAUGAAAAUCUUUAUCCCAUCUCGAAACCUAAUCUUGGCCACAACCAUUUUCCUCGUUUUUAUUGCUCCCAUAAAAUCCCAAGACAGCCCAGAAGACUUUUUGGCAGCUCACAACGAAGCACGAGCUGCCGUUGGGGUGGGUCAUUUAACGUGGGACGUUCGGGUGGCUCUUUAUGCCACUACCUAUGCGAACCACCGUAGAGGCGACUGCGCUUUGAAAAACUCGGAGGGGGCCAGUGGCGAGCCAGGGCCCUAUGGCGAGAACCUCGCUUGGAAUAGUGGUAGCAUGUCAGCCGCUGAAGCAGUUGAAGCGUGGGUUAACCAGAAAUCUGACUACGAUUAUAAUUCCAACACAUGUGCUGAUCCGUUAACAAAUUGCUUAAGCUAUACUCAGGUUGUUUGGAGAAACUCGGUUAAGUUGGGAUGUGCAAAAGUGAGCUGCAUCAAUGAUGGAGGAACCUAUAUUACUUGCAACUAUGAUCCUCCCGGUAACAUUGUUGGCCAGUGGCCUUACUAAAAGGAAAUAACCUAUGAUCCCCGAAUAUGUUUCGAAGUCUAUGUGUGUAUUGUUUGUUUCUAUGUUGUUUAUAUAUAAGCUAAUAAUGAUUGGUUUGUUUGGUCCCGUCGUCUUUUGUACCAUAUUUAUGCGUGUGUUUCUAUAAUGGAAUAAGAAAACUGCAAUACUACGGCAUGCACUUGCUUUGUUUGCUAUGUAGUAUGUACAAGUCUCCUUUUUUUCAGUUGUGAUAAUAUGCCAAGAAUUUCUAAAUCGUUAGCUGCAUUUUGAUGAAAGCGUUUCCAAACCAUUAGUUGAAUCCUUUUUAAAGAGUUUCCAAACGUUUAGCUUAAUUUUUAUUUUCUCUGUAAUAUGUUUUCUACUAUAGAUAGAUGUACCGUUUUCAUUUUUGCUGUUUUUUUCUAGAAAUACACAAUUCUGGCUAAAACACUGAACUAGCUAUUAUUUCAUCACCUUAGUUAUCGUGAGCUAGGCGAUUAAUGGAAGAAAUCGAUCUUUGAACCAAAAAUACAAGUUUUUUUCUUAAAAUAUAUAUAAUCCACAGCCAAAACUAAUAAUUUUAGAGAUAUUGUUCCAUCCCCCUUAGCUGUCCUAGAUAGUCAUCACUUUCAGCUGUACGAACAUAUAUAUCACCUCAGUUAAAAAAAAAACAUAUAUAUCACCUUUUCCGCAUCUAAAACCAUAGAUAACGUGCGUACAUUUCACAAUGCUUUGAGAGAAAUUGAUUAAAACACGCUGAUUACCACUUCUCAAAAAUUCUUUUUAAUCAAAUACUCUAACAUUUGUGUUUAGGGUUUAGUAUUUAAAGGUGUGAUUGGGUUUAUUAACUGUUAUAAAUAUUUUAUAAAUUAUUAUUUAAUAUUUACAAAUGUUGUAGGAAAGUUAUUUUAAUUUUUUUAAAUCACAGAUUUAAGGUAUAUAUGAAAAUAGCUAUCUUUUAAAAGUAAAUUUGAAAAUUGGCAACUAACUUAGGAUAAAGUUAAAAUUCUCCUAUGUUUUGAAAUUGUGUAAGUUAUAGGCAAUUGAAAACGUGACACAAUGAUAAAUCUAUAUUAUUAUUUGAGAAGUGAAUUUGCUUACUUGACGUAUUCUCCAUGAUCUUAGUGAAUUUUUUUACUUGUCAUAUUCUCCAUGAUUUUAGGAUAAGUCGUCAGUUUAAUUAAUAAUAUUAUUUAAAUUUUUUAUUUUAAUAUAUAACUUUAUCAUAAUAUUUUAAGAUAAUUAAUAAAUAUUAACCUAUUCUACCUAUAUUUAUACUAUUAUUUUUUAAAAUUCUAAUAUAUAAUUAUCAUGAUAUUUAAAAUAUUUAAUUAAAUAUAUAUUAACAAUUGAUAUUAACAAUAUCUACAGGUAAUAUCAUAAUUAUGUUUAGCUUAUAUUUAGUGUAUGGUUUUAAUGACUAAUAUUAUAUCCAAUUUCUAUGAUUUUAUUAGAAAUAUUGUUCAAAAUAUAUACAGAUUAUUUUAAAUUUAUAUAUAAGUAUACUAAUAUAUUUUAAUUAAUCGGUUUCUUCGGUUUAUUCGGUUGGAUCGGUUAAUAUACUGAACUGUAUCUAUAUACUGGAGUUUUCAAAAUAACUAUUUGGUUUAUUUGAUACUACCAAAUCCAAACUAUUUACUCUAUUUUGGUUCGGUUUUAAAUGGUUUGGUUUUACCGGAUUGAACACCCCUAGGCUAUUGUUAUUUUGUUAACGUUUUAGAGGUUGUAAUUAAUUAUAAUCCAUUCAGUACAAAUACAAUAAGUGUUUAAUUUCAAAUCCAAAUUUCCUAAUUUGAUUAAUACUAUAGAUUUUUUUUUAUCCAAAAUCCACAUCCCAUAAAUAAAAAUAUGAAACAAAAGAAGGUAAUUUAACACAUUGAUUACCAGUAUGAAUAUUGAAGUUUUAUAAUUAUAAUAUUAAUCUAAAUUUGUAUCUAAUUUAAUAAUUUUUAUUAAAAAUAAACAUUAGAAUUAAGAAUUGCUAGGUAUAUAUAUAUUAGUCUGCACAAGGUGCGGGACAUCGAGUAAUUCUCCUAUGUUUUGAAAUUGUGUAAGUUAUAGGAAAUUUUCCUAUCUUUUAACCAAAAUAAAAGUUUGGUCUCAUUAAUUGGAAUAAGAAAAAAAAAACAUAUGUUUUAUUAAAAAAAAAGAGAGCAGGUUGACCCUCAAAAAAAAGAAAAAGGCACAAAUAAGACGAUAUAUCAAAUGUGUACUACCUGCUCAAUCAACAAAUUUAUUUCUUACUGUUGUGGUCUUGAUCCAUUGUCUAGGCCACUUUGACCACUUCAAGAAUGACUCAUACACAUAUUAAGUUUUCAUUGCUGAAAUCAUUCUCUUACAAACCAUCUUAAUCAGAUUAAUUUGAAAUAUCUGAGGAUACUAAUAACGGAAGUUUCUCAUUGGAUUUCUUGGAAUUAACAUUUUCUGGAAAAAAAAGCAAGAGAAAAAUGAAAAACGGUUUUUAAUUUAGAUUCUUUAAAAUUUUGCUAGAAACUCUUAUAGUAUUUGCCAAUCUGUAAAUGUACAAACUUUUCUUUUAGUUUAAAAUUAACCUACUUAUUUUAAUAUAAUUAUUCGUUAUUAUUUAUUAAUAUUAUAUUUAUUAAAUAUUUAAAUAUGCCUUUUAUCAGUGAUCAUGCUUUCAUAGUUCUAUUUAAUUUGAGUUUUUGUCAUCUAAAGAUUUUUUUGUUUGGAAUUUUUUUUUGUUAUAAAUCUUUUUUUCAAGACAUACAAGGUUGUGUUAUUAUAACCAGGAACAAUAUCUACGUACUACAUCUACAUAGGAGGAUUCACCAUUCCAAACAAAAAGAUGGCAUGUUUUUUUUCCCAAAAUUAUUUUCAGUUUCAAGAUUACAAAUUUAGAAUGAGUUCUGAUAAUUGAGGAUAUUUCAAAAGAUUACAGCAAAUAUUUAUAUAAAAUGUUGUCAAUAAUUGUAAAUUAAUUCCCCAAUAAAUAAUAAUAAAAUGAGGGAGUAGAAUAGUCUUAGCUCGGGGAAAAGUAUCUAUUUUAACCUGAAAUUUACCCAUCAUGCUUAUUCAUACCCGAACUUUGUAAUAGUGUCCAUACCGAACUAUAUAACAACUCAAAAAAUACUACAUGAACUUUAAGCGUUAUGCAUUUUCCUUCACGAACUUUACAGUAGUGUUAUAUUUCAUACUGAACUAAACAAAAAUUCAAAAAUACUAUAUGAACUUUCAAAAUCGUGCUUAUAUAUAAUUGGCCAUCAAAGUGUUAUUCAACCAUUAAUUUAUCAAACGACAUAGUUUUUGAUAAAUUCUGUAAUUUUUUAGUUAAAAAAUACUACAUUUUUUUAACGACUUAAAAAUACUGCAUAAGCUCUCAAAAUCGUGUUUACAUAUUAAUUUUUAAUUUUACAAAAUUUAUCCAAAAUGACGUCAUUUUGAUUAAUUAACGGAUAACUAACAUUUUUGAUUGUCAAUAUAUAUAUAUAAACACGAUUUUGAAAGUUUACAUAGUAUUUUCAAAUUUUAAAUUUUACAGAAUUUAUCAAAAACAACAUCUUUUGCCUCUGAUCUAAAGGCAAACCAACACAAAAUUCUAAAUUUUUACAAUAUAGUGCAAUUUUUAGUAAUACUAUAAAGUAAAUAUUUAAAUUAAUAAUAAUUGGUUUAUAUUUAUAAAAUAAUGAUUUUAAAGUUAAAUUAAAACAUAAAUGAUUAUAUUUUUUUUAAAAAAACUGAAACAUUAAAAAUUUGAUAAUAUUUAUUUGAUUAAACUAAAAAUUAAAUAUUAGUUACUGUUUACAAAUUUAUACAAG